AUGUCACCAAUAACACGCAGCAUAACAAGUCCACAACGUAUUUGCAAUCCAAAUUUUCCCACUCUUCAAGACUUGGAUAGUGCCUAUCGCAUGUCCGCCCCGCUCAUUCAGGAAGAUGCCAAGCGAUACCUCGAGUUAUUCCUGGACUUUGAGAAAGUUCGUGAACUCUACAACCCAUUCUCUGAAGAAUAUUGGUUUGUCAACAACACCGAUGCUCUCAAUCAAGUGGUCUACUACAAAAUGAAGAGAAGUCUGUUCAUUAAGUAUAAACAGCAAUUCGUAAAAGCCGGCAUAGAAUUAGAAUUCUUAAGAUGUCAUGGAAGCAGUAUAGGCUGUGGAAAGAUUGGCUGUGAAGAUAUUAAUUGCGAUGGUGCAAAAUUAGUAGACAGCGACCUCGAGAAUAGUACAGAUGACAUGGAUUUGUUUUGUCCGAAUUCUACAAUGUUCAAUAUUAGUCGACAAAGUUCCGAUAUUUCUAGCCUCUAUUAUCAGGAUUCCGAAUUAACCGAAUUAGUCGAACUCUCCGAGUGUCCCAUUACCACCAGCAGAUGUGAUGACGAAAAAAUCGCAAAUAAUUUGGUGAAAAGGUCUGCACGACCACUCGCUCCUCCCGCGAUGCAAACAUCUAUGGCAGCUUUCGAUCGUGGUAUUGGGUUUUCUCAUUUCGAUGCUUCAUACUUCCUAGAUGAAAAUCCUUGUAUCAAGAAAGAUGAGUCGGUACAAACCAUUGUCGGGGAUCAUGAAGAAUGCUUACAACACAUUCGUCGCCCACAUCAACAAAAUAAUAAGAACCGAACUCGAUUCAUGCAAGACGUUUUUCUUCACGUGAAAAGUCAAUUUUCGAUGAGUUGGCUGCAAAAUCUGCCAAAGGAAAAAAUUUACUAUUGUUUGAUGGUUAUUUUGUCGUUGUCUGUGAUAGUGUUCUUCUAUUAUUCAACCGAGUUCGGGCACGAUUCCGCACUUCCUAUGAACAGAACCGUAAGUGACAACAAUGAAAUGUCUGAAAGCGGCUACGGAGUGCAGAAACAACGACAAAAGACUUACAAGAUUUUAGAUAAUGGAAAAUUGGAUGGUGCGGUUAAAUCUCAAGUAAAAGAGUUUAUCGAGGGAGAGAUGUCGAGGAUUGCAUCCGGAACACCUCAAUAUUCCUCUUCGUUGGGUGCAGUGGAUGUCGAUGGAGACGGAUUGGUGGGAUUGGUUAGAAAACAAUUGAAUGAGGUUCUCCAAGAGCAACUUACAAAAAUGAUGGACGGAACCAGCGCCGAUUACGCUUUGUACACCGGAGGCGCUCGCAUAAUUCCCCACGCUACCUCACGUGACUAUGAACAGUGGCCGAGCAAAGGGUAUCAACGAUUAUGGGGCAUGCUCACUCGUCGUAAUGUGAUAAAAUCCAACAGAGCCGAGACCGUAAUCACGCCUAGUGUGAAUGUGGGGGAAUGUUGGUGUUUCAGCGGUACCGAAGGGCAAAUUGCCAUUCGAUUGUCUCGGAGUAUUGUGGUCACCCAGAUUACGUAUUCGCAUAUUAGUAGAGAAGUGUCAAUCGAUCCGUUAAGUAGCGCGCCCAAAGAGUUUGAAUUAUGGGGAGUGAUUGAUCACUCGGAUGAUGAUAAACUUGCUACCGACGAUAACGGAUCCAAAUAUUGGGAUGAUAAUAACAAUGAUGGUGCAUCAAGUGGUGACAAUUAUCAGAAACAGUUCUCAACACAGAAAACGACAAGAAAUCACGAAUUCGAAUUCGUCAAAGAUUUCAAUCUGUUUUUGGGUAAAUAUGAGUACGACUUGAACGGAAGACCGACGCAGGUAUUUAACGUGCCGGAAAGUAUAGCGUUAAAAGGCAAUCAACGCGUGCGAGCGAUCAUGAUGAAGGUGUUGGAUAAUCAUGAGAAUCCUGAGUUCACCUGUUUAUAUAGGUUGCAGGUGCACGGCGUCUUGCCUUCUUAG